AUGAAGGGAGCUAUGCUGAGCGCCAUGCUUCUUGGCGCCUCCGCCCAGGCGGCUGGAGUCCACAAGAUGAAGAUCCAGAAGAUCCCAUUCGAGGACCAGAUGAAGGCUUUCCCGAUGCAGGACCAGAUCAAGUACCUCGAGCAGAAGUACUCGGGUGCCCAGCACCCCUUCGGCUACAGCGAGCCCAGCAUCGAGCCUACCAAGGACCACCCCGUCCCCAUCACCAACUAUCUGAACGCCCAGUACUUCUCCGACAUCAAGGUCGGAACUCCUCCCCAGGACUUCAAGGUCAUUCUUGACACCGGCAGCUCCAACCUCUGGGUGCCUUCGUCCAAGUGCACCUCCAUCGCUUGCUACCUGCACAGCAAAUACGAGUCUUCUUCAUCGUCGACCUACAAGAAGAACGGCUCGUCAUUCGAGAUCCAAUACGGCUCUGGCUCCAUGAAGGGAUUCGUCUCCCAGGACGUGCUGCAGAUUGGCGAUCUCACAAUCAAGAACCAAGACUUCGCCGAGGCGACCGAGGAGCCCGGCCUGGCCUUUGCCUUCGGCAAGUUCGACGGAAUCCUGGGUCUUGGCUACGACACCAUCUCCGUCAACAAGAUUGUUCCUCCCUUCUACAACCUGAUCGACCAGAAGCUGAUUGACGAGCCCGUCUUCUCCUUCUACCUCAGCAAGGACGGAGAGGGCUCUGAGGUUGUGUUUGGCGGCUCGGACAAGGACCACUACACCGGCAAGAUCACCAACAUCCCCAUCCGCAGGAAAGCGUACUGGGAGGUCGACCUUGACGCUAUCACUGUCGACGGCGAGUCUGCAUCGUACGAUGACGCUGGCAUCAUCCUGGACACCGGCACGUCCCUGAUUGCUCUGGAGACCGACCUCGCAGAGAUGCUCAACAAGCAGAUUGGUGGCAAGAAAGGCUAUAGUGGAACCUACACCAUUGAGUGCAACACGCGGGACAGCCUCCCAGACAUCACCUUCACCCUGGCCGGUCACAACUUCACUAUCGAUGCCUACGACUACACCAUCGAGUCUGGCGGCUCCUGCAUCUCCGCCUUCAUGGGCAUGAACCUCCCUGCCAACCUUGCGGGUAUCCUGGGAGACGCAUUCCUUCGCCCAUGGUACUCCAUCUAUGACCAGGGCAAGAACCAGGUCGGCAUCGCCAAGUCAAGGGACUAA